CUGAGCGGGGAGGCGGGCGCCGCGCGCAGGGCUCCCCGACCCGCGCCAGCGAGGCGGCGCCGGCUCCCGCGCCAUGGGGCGGCUGCUGGCCGUGGGCUUGCUGGGGAUAGCGCUGGCGCUCCUGGGCGAGAGGCUCCUGGCGCUCAGGAAUCGACUUAAAGCCUCCAGAGAAGUAGAAUCUGUAGACCUUCCAAACUGCCACCUCAUUAAAGGAAUCGAAGCCGGUGCGGAUGAUAUUGAUAUACUUCCCAAUGGCCUGGCUUUCUUUAGUGUGGGUUUAAAAUGUCCAGGACUCCACAGCUUUUCCCCAGAUAAGCCUGGAGGGAUAUUAAUGAUGGAUCUAAAAAAGGAAAACCCGAGGGCACUGGAAUUAAGAAUCAGCCGUGGGUUCAAUUUGGCUUCGUUCAAUCCACAUGGUAUCAGCACCUUCAUAGACAGCGACGACACAGUUUAUCUCUUUGUUGUAAACCAUCCAGAAUUCAAGAAUACAGUGGAAAUUUUUAAAUUUGAAGAAGAAGAAAAUUCUCUUCUGCAUCUAAAAACAAUCAAACAUGAACUUCUUCCAAGUGUGAAUGAUAUCAUAGCUGUUGGACCAGCACAUUUCUAUGCCACCAAUGACCACUAUUUCUCUGAUCCUUUCUUAAAGUAUUUGGAAACAUACUUGAACUUACACUGGGCAAAUGUUGUUUACUACAGUCCAGAUGAAGUUAAAGUGGUAGCAGAAGGAUUUGAUGCAGCAAAUGGGAUCAAUAUUUCACCUGAUAAAAAGUACAUCUACGUUGCUGAUAUACUGGCUCAUGAAAUCCACGUUUUGGAAAAACACCCUAAUAUGAAUUUAACGCAAUUGAAGGUACUUAAGUUGGAUACACUGGUGGAUAAUUUAUCUAUCGAUCCUUCCUCGGGAGACAUCUUGGUAGGCUGUCAUCCUAAUGGCCAGAAGCUCUUCGUUUAUGACCCGAACAAUCCUCCAUCAUCUGAGGUUCUCCGCAUCCAGAAUAUUCUAUCUGAGAAGCCUACCGUGACUACAGUUUAUGCCAACAACGGAUCUGUUCUCCAGGGAAGUUCUGUAGCCUCAGUAUAUGAUAGGAAGCUGCUCAUAGGCACUUUAUAUCACAGAGCCCUGUAUUGUGAACUUUGAAUUGUACUUUUGGCAUGCAAGCGUGCUAACUUCUUUUAACACUUAAUUUUCUAUGAAUUACUAAUUUUGUGGGAAUUUAACCAGCAAAAUGGGCCCAGAAAUGUCUGACAUGUAUAGUUAGUCUUAUUUCGGCAAGGAAAGGCCCCUUCAGUUCUGAUAGCACUUGUAACAUAAAAGGAAAGGGGACAAUUUUUAACAAUGUGAAGGAGAGAGAACACAGCUGCUUCCUGUAAAGUGGAUUCAUUGAACAAAAGAAACCUCAUCUCUGCCUUCCCACUGCCAGAGCAUGCAUUCCACUGAAGCAGGGUAAACUACGUGUCCCUAAAAUGUGAGUAACCUCAGCUCCAACGGUGCGACCACUGUGACUGCUCAGAACUACUGAUAGAUAACAUUUGGAUGUUUUGUACUUACAUCUUUGUUUACUCUUCAUGAGUUGGGGUUCUAGUAAAGGCCAACUGAAAUCCA